CAACAAACCAAACCAGACCAUCACACCCCGUCUUCCACACAGCGCAACUCAAAGAAACCAACGCCUCCACCUCCUAUUCUAGACACACACACACACACCCUCUGAGAGAAGAAAAAAAAAACAAUGGCCACCUCAACAAUCACAGCCGCAAAAUCCACCUACCGCGCUCUCCUCCGCGAACUCCCGCGCCGCACGAUUGCCACCCCGCCCACGCCCCUCCACAGCAGCAUCCGCGCAAUGUACCAAGUGCAAGGCGAUGCGUCCACGGCGAAAAGCAGCAGCAGCAGCGACGAGCAAACCGCCACGCUGACGGCCCGGUUGCAGGAGGCGGAGCAGUUCGCGCUGUAUGCCCGCGCGCAACGGCAGUAUUCCGCGCUCGUUGAGCGGUAUAACCCCGGUAGCUGGUUGGAUGAGGAGGAGAGGAUCCGGUUGACGGCGAGGCGGGUGGGGUUGGAUUUGCCGAUUGAGGAGGGGGAAAGGAAGGAUUAAUCUGGGGUGGUCGUUUGGUUGGGGUGGCUUUGGGGACCCUGAGAAGGAUCGGAUUAGGUGGGAUGCUAGGUUUUGGGGGCCUCGAGGCUCGGGGGAAGACGGGGUGUAUUACUGGGUGCUGGGGUAAUGAGUAUGCAUAAGGGAGCGGGGUUGUUGGGGUUGGUGAUGCCCUAUAGAUUGUCUUGCAUGAGGAUUGUGGAGUUUGGGGUUUGAAUCUUUCCUGUUCCUGUUUGUGGAUGUAUAUUAUUGUGUAUUUAUGGACUGAA